AUGACGCUACUCAUCCUUACCGAGACGGCCGCCGGCUAUGCGCUGCUCAAAGCCAAGGACAAGAAACUCCUCAAGCGGGACGAUCUCUCUUCCGAACUGAGUAGUGUUGAGAAUGUCACGUCGCUGUUGAAGCUGAAGGAGUUCCAGAAAUUCGACAGUGCCGCCGCCGCUCUUGAGGAAGCAGCUGCCAUUGUGGAAGGAAAAGUCACCCCCAAACUUGCCUCUUUGCUCAACACAUUGAAGGAUGAGAAAAAGAUCUCUCUCGCUGUCGCCGACCCUAAGCUGGGAAAUGCGAUCGGCAAGCUUCCUGGCCUUGAGAUCAAGGCUAUCGCCGACUCUACCACCGCCGACCUCUAUCGUGCCAUUCGCGAACACCUACCCUCGUUGAUUCCCGGACUGAUGCCUGAAGAUGUCAAGACAAUGUCCCUUGGUCUCUCGCAUUCGCUGGCGCGGCACAAGCUCAAAUUUUCUCCCGAUAAGAUCGACGUCAUGAUUGUUCAAGCUAUCGGUCUUCUUGAUGAUCUGGACAAGGAGCUGAACACAUACGCCAUGAGAGUGAAGGAGUGGUAUGGGUGGCAUUUCCCGGAACUGGCCAAGAUCCUUAAUGACAAUCUUGCAUAUGCCAAAGUUGUUCUUAAGAUGGGAUUGCGUACAAACUGGGAGAAAUGUGAUCUUUCUGAGAUCCUACCGGAAGAGAUCGAGGCCGCAGUCAAGGCCGCGGCGGACAGAUCUAUGGGGACGGAGAUUACUGAGGAAGAUCUGGAAAACAUCCAAAGCCUUGCCGAACAGGUUGUCCAAUUCACCGAGUACCGGACACAACUUGCCAGCUAUCUUUCAGCCCGGAUGAGGGCUAUCGCCCCCAAUUUGACUGCUCUUGUCGGUGAGCUGGUUGGUGCUCGCUUGAUUGCCCAUGCUGGAAGCUUGAUGAACCUUUCGAAAAGCCCUGCUAGUACGAUCCAAAUCCUGGGUGCCGAAAAGGCGCUCUUCCGAGCUCUCAAAACCAAACAUGACACUCCCAAAUAUGGUCUGAUCUACCAUGCUUCUCUUAUCGGUCAAGCCUCAGGAAAGAACAAGGGCAAGAUGGCCAGAGUUCUAGCCGCCAAGGCCGCACUCGGAUUGCGUGUGGACGCCCUGCAAGACUGGGGUGACGAUGAGGCAAACAUUCCCGAGGAUGAGAAGGCUGCCCUGGGCUUGGAAGCGCGAGCCAACCUUGAGCGCAAGUUGGCUGCCCUGGAGGGCAAGCCGCUGAAGCCUCGUGGUGUUGCAAUUGCCCCCAAUGGUGUGUCUGCAACGCCGCAACCCCAGAAAUGGGAGAUCAAGGAAGCUCGGAAGUAUAACCCGGAUGCCGAUGGUCUGGCCGGUAACGAAGGUCCAGCCAAGGAAGAGAAGAAGUCGAAGAAGGACAAGAAGGAGAAGAAGCUGGUCCAGGAGAUCUCUGAGGACACUAAGAUGGCCGACGACGAUGAGAGCGACUCACAACCAGACGAGCCCAUAGAUUCGGAUGAAGCCGCGGCCAUCACGCCAUCGAGGGGCGACGGUGUCAACGGAGCCAGCUCUGCUAAGAAAGCCGAGAAAGACCGGAAACACGCCGAGAAAGCGGCCCGCAAGGCUGCUAAGAAGGCAGAGAAAGGAGGCAAAUCCGGCAAAUCGAGUGAAGACUCUAAGCUGGAGGCUUUGGCUGCCAAAUGCGGUCUCAGUGUGGAGAGGUACAAGAGAAAGCUUGAGCGGGGAGAGAUCCAAUUCCAAGAGGACGGCACGCCCGUGGCCAUCUCCAAGAAAGACAUCAAGAAGGCGAAGAAGAAGGCCGGAACUGAGGGAGCAUCUUCAGCCAACGGCGAAGUGGAGGGCAGCAAGAAGCGGAAACGAGGAGGAGAGGAAGAGGUCGAGCAGUCCAAGUUGGAGAAGAAGAAGAAGCGGAAAGACAAGGCAUGA